AAUGGCCGGUUUGGAUCUAAGUGGUCAUCAUCAUAAUAAUAAUAAUGGUACAAUAAAUCAUCACCACCAUCAACAGCAUACAUCAUCAACAACAACAACAACAACAGCAACAAUACCUCAUCAUCCAAUCUCUUCAUUAUCACCCACAGCAUCAUUAUCAUCAUUAUCAUCAUCAUCAUCAAGAUCUUCAAGAUCUUCACCAACGACUAAACAAAAUCAAUUGAACGUAUCAUCAUCAACAACAUUGACCAACAUUAGUGACCAUACUAAUACCGGUAUAAUCAAUACAUCACCAUUGUCAUCAUUAAAUUUUCACUCGACAGGAAUAAUUCCCGGAUUAAUUGCUGGACAUCAUAAUCAUCAACAACUAGAGCAUCUUCAUCAAAAUUCAUUAUCAUCAACAACAGCAGCCAUGCCUAGUUCAUUAUCACCAACAACAAUAUUAUUACCAACAUUAGGUUUUACACAGGAACAGGUUGCCUGUGUUUGUGAAGUGUUACAACAAUCUGGUAAUAUUGAACGUUUAGGUAGAUUUUUAUGGUCAUUACCAUCAUGUGAACCAUUACAUAAAAAUGAAUCCAUUUUAAAAGCUAAAGCAUUGGUUGCAUUCCAUAGAGGAAAUUUUAAGGAAUUAUAUAAAAUUCUUGAAAGUCAUAAUUAUAGUCCUAAUUCACAUCCAAAAUUACAAUCAUUAUGGUUAAAAGCACAUUAUAUUGAAGCUGAACGUGCACGUGGACGACCAUUAGGUGCUGUUGGAAAAUAUCGUAUACGAAGAAAAUUUCCAUUACCCAGAACAAUAUGGGAUGGUGAAGAAACAUCAUAUUGUUUUAAGGAAAAAUCUCGUAAUGUUUUACGGGAAUGGUAUUCACAGAAUCCAUAUCCAUCACCAAGAGAAAAACGUGAUUUAGCUGAAGCUACCGGUUUAACUACAACACAAGUGAGCAAUUGGUUUAAAAAUCGUCGUCAACGUGAUAGAGCAGCCGAAGCUAAAGAUACUAGAGAUUCAAAUGAUAAACAUAAUAAUAUUCAUGGAAAAAAUUCUAUUAAAGUUACGAAUGAUCAUUCAUCAUCACAUUCAGGUAUAGGUGGUAAUUCCAGUGAUGAUGAUGAUGAUGAUGAUUGUGAGUUUGAAGAAGAGGGAAAUUCUAUACGUACUAAUAGUAGUAAUGAAUUAAAUACCACAAAAACAACAUCGACGACAACAACAAUCACAGCUAAUCAAAAUCAAAUAUCAUCAACAUUAUUAAAUCUGAACAAUGGAACAAAUCAUGCUACAUUAUCACCAUCGGAAUCAUCAUCGUUAUCAGCAUUUUCUGCACUAGCCUCACAUUUAAACAAUACUAUUGAUAGUGGUGGUGGCAGUGUUAGUAGUAAUGGUGGUGUUGGUAUUACAUCUUUAACCGGAACAGGAAAUAAUUUCAGUGCAAAUUUAGUCUCAAGUCAAUCAGCUUUAUCGGCAGUUACAUCAAUGCAAUCACAUUCAGUUUCAAUGGCUGGUUAUCCCCAUACAGCAUUCCGUUUUGGUACGCAUCAUCCACAUCCACAUCAUUCAACAACUCAAAGUCAUUUUAGCCCACAUCAUCAUCAUCAUCCAUUACAUCAUGCAGCGGCUGCGGCAGCAGCUGCAGCAGCAGCAGCAACCGGAUCUACUACUGUUGGACAUCCUAAUCAUCAUCAUCAUCAUUUAGCUGAUGUAGCACCAUCCGCUCUAGUCAUGCAUCAUCAUCAUGCAGCAGCAGCCGCAGCAGGUGCUGUAUCAAAUGCGGAAACAAUGUUUCAAUUAAGUUCCGUAUUAUCAUCAUCAGCAGCAGCUGCAUCAUUAGCAGCAAAUCAAUCGGCAUUUGAAAAUUAUAGUAAAUAUGGUGCUGCUAGCAUGGCGGCUGCUGUUGCAGCAUUUAGCGGUGCUUCUCGACCACAAUUUUAAAUUGUUUGAAAUUCCUUAAUUUGAAAUUCUUUUCUUUUUAAUUUUCCUAUACAACAACAACAAGACUUACUACUCAUAUUACUCAUUCAUUCAUUAAUUGAUUUGACUAAUUUU